ACACCAUGAGAUCUCUAUAAUAAACAAAUGCGGCGGCCAUUUUAGAUCUACUUCCUGCCUUUCUCUUUUUUGUACUGCCCAUUUAAGUGAGUUGAGCCACCGCUGUCCAAGGAUCCCAUCCUUGGGAGCCAAGCCUUCCUUAACGAUGAUGAUGGCAAGUAUAGGGACCAGCCCCUUGCCCAUUCUCUUCAUUGCUCUACUUCUUCCUGCGAGCAUUCUCGGGGAUGAUCCUUACAGGUUCUUCACUUGGAAUAUAACCUACGGAGACAUCUGGUCCGCAGGUGUCAAACAACAGGGAAUUUUAAUCAAUGGGCAGUUUCCGGGGCCGCAGAUCGAAGCUGUCACCAACGACAACAUCAUCGUCAAUGUCUUCAACAGUUUGCCGGAGCCAUUCCUACUCUCCUGGAACGGGAUACAGCAGAGGAGGAGCUCAUGGCAAGAUGGUGUUUACGGCACCAACUGCCCCAUCCCGCCGGGAAGAAACUUCACAUAUGUUAUGCAGUUCAAGGACCAAAUUGGUAGCUUCUUCUAUUUCCCCUCUCUGGCAUUUCACAAAGCAGCUGGUGGAUUUGGUGGCAUCCGAGUCCUCAGUCGUCCCUUAAUCCCUGUCCCUUUUCCUCCGCCUGCUGGCGACUUCACUCUUUUGAUUGGAGACUGGUACAAGGCUAAUCACAGUGUCCUGAAAUAUGUAUUGGAUAGUGGAAGAGAUCUUGCUCCACCAGAUGUAGUUCUCAUUAAUGGUCGUGGAUCCAAUGGGAACGCUUUUACCGUGGACCAAGGUAGAACAUACAGGUUUAGAAUAUGCAAUGUUGGGUUGUCUACAUCUCUGAACAUAAGAUUUCAAGGUCACACAAUGAAGCUUGUGGAGGUUGAAGGUUCCCACACCCUCCAAAACAUCUAUUCUUCACUUGAUGUUCACCUUGCUCAAUGUUACUCAGUUCUUGUCACUGCCGAUCAACCCCCAUUGGACUACUACAUUGUGGCUUCGACUCGUUUUACUAGCACGGUGCUGAGCACAACUGCGAUCCUCCAUUACAGUAACUCCGGUGGAAGAUCAGCUGGACCACCGCCAGGAGGACCUACUAUCCAGAUUGACUGGUCUCUCAAUCAGGCGAGAUCAAUUCGAUGGAAUUUAACAGCAAGUGGCCCAAGACCAAACCCUCAAGGCUCAUAUCACUAUGGGCUCGUGAACACUACAAGAACCAUUAGGCUUGCAAACUCUGCGCCAAUCAUCAAUGGCAAGCAAAGAUAUGCAGUUAACAGUGUCUCCUUUGUUCCUGCUGACACGCCACUGAAACUAGCUGAUUUUUACAAGAUAUCUGGAGUGUUUUAUCUCGGAAGCAUUCCAGAUAACCCAACGUUCGGCGGUGGAUAUCUCCAGACAUCCGUUAUGGCUGCUAAUAUGCGUGAGUAUGUCGAGAUCAUCUUCGAGAACUACGAAAACACAAUUCAGUCGUGGCACAUUGAUGGGUACUCCUUCUGGAUUGUCGGAAUGGAUGGAGGUCAAUGGUCCGCAGCAAGUAGGAAAAAUUACAACCUGAGAGAUGCUGUUGCCCGGUGCACAGUCCAGGUGUACCCAAAAUCUUGGUCUGCUAUCUACAUGCCUUUGGAUAAUGUAGGGAUGUGGCAUGUGAGGUCAGAGAACUGGGCUCGCCAGUACCUGGGCCAGCAGUUCUACCUCCGGGUGUAUUCGCCGGCAAAUUCGUGGAGGGAUGAGAGUCCAAUUCCAAGGAAUGCCCUUCUCUGCGGCCGUGCUGCUGGCCGCCGGACAAGGCCACUGUGAUAUAGCUAGAACAAGCUCAGUCAUUGUCACGAUGGGGUGACCAAGUCAUAGUAAAAACCAGCUAUGCAAAGCACAUCAGGGAUUAAGUCUUGCUUUUUUAUCUUUGCUACGUCAAUUCAUAUUUGAAAUUCUAGUAUGUAUGAGUAUAUCUUCUUUUUCCCUUGUUUUAGGCGCUGCAGCGUUUUUGUUGCUCUGUUCUACUAUUUAUGAUUCAACUUAAGUGUGUUAUCCUAAGAUGCUUUAAUAAUGCUAAUAAAUGUAUUGUUAGGCUCCA